AUGGGGGUCCAGUUGCAAACUAGACCAACUGAAGCGAAACAGAAUGUGGAAGAUGAUUCAGUGGUAAUAUUUAGAGUCGAUUAUAAAUCACUCAAUCAAGCUCCCCGAAAACAACUUUUGGCUAAGUUCGAUUUUUUUCGUUCCUCAGCAAAAACAAUUGGCUUCACCAAGCUACGCGGAAAUAAAGUACCUUGCACUGUAUUACAUAAAAAUAAUUGUGCAGGCACUGUGAACGCUAACGGCGAGACGAAGAGGCAGCGCACAUCUUACACGCGUUACCAGACGCUGGAAUUGGAGAAAGAGUUCCACUUCAACAGGUACCUGACGCGGCGGCGACGCAUCGAAAUCGCGCACGCUCUGUGCCUCACCGAGAGGCAGAUCAAGAUCUGGUUCCAGAAUCGCAGGAUGAAAUGGAAGAAGGAGCACAAGAUGGCCAGCAUGAACAUAGUCCCAUAUCACAUGAGCCCGUACGGCCAUCCCUAUCAAUUCGACCUGCACCCCAGUCAGUUCGCGCAUCUGUCCGCAUAG